UAUCGUCCUCUUUCCGUUGUAUCCGAACCAAAAUUGAGGAAGAGGGGCUCGCCCAGCACGGCUCUCUCGGAUCAUCAAGAUACCAGACAAACCAAUACGAACUCCUACCUUUGAUAAGGAACGAUCACCCGGUCCGUAUCUUUUCAAACUGACCUCAAGUCGGGCCAUGGAAACCUGAAAAGGCUUUUCAUCUGUACAGAUUUCUUCUGUAUCUCAUUUGCGCGCCAGGUGCCUUAAAUUAUUGACUGAUACGACCCGUUUUUUGCCGCCUUCUCUCUUCUACAAAUGAUUCACGAAGACAUAACUUAUGACAAGGAUUUGCGUCUGGGUGGUGGGAGAACUAGUAGUGUGUUCAGAGGAACUCUGAAUGGCGGUACGGUUGCGGUCAAGGUUCUAAGUGAUGAGGUCUCACCUGAUACUUUACUUCGUCGCGUACAGCAAUGGCAGAACAUGAGUCAUCCGAAUCUCUCUCAAUUAUUUGGCAUGUCUCCCGAUGACCAAGAUCCGCUAUAUAUCGUCAUGCCUUGUUAUUUUCAUGGGAACAGCCGCCAAUACUUGGAUGAAAAUCCGAAUGUCGAUCGACGUAAAAUCGUCUUUGAAACUGCCUUGGGUAUGCAAUAUCUUCAUUCAUGCAACAUCGUACACGGGGGCCUGAAGCCAUCUAAUAUUCUUAUCAAUGAUGCCGGAGAUGCAUGUAUAUCUGAUUGGAGUAUGGUGGAUUUUCAGCCAAGUCGGAACAAAGAAGCGCAUAGGUAUUACAGUCCUGAAGCCUGGAAAGGGACGACGUCGUUCCCUUCCGAUGUUUACGCAUUUGCCAUGAGCGCAUAUGAGCUCUUCACUUCAACAUUUCCGUGGGGCGUGCUUCCCGAAAAGCACAUAUACCAACUCGUUGUAUAUGAGGACAGCCGACCUGAUCGUCCAGACCCAGCCCUCGGAGCAAGAGUCGGGCUGACCGACCACAUAUGGGGGAUCAUCGAAGAGUCGUGGCACAAAGAGUCUCGUCUUCGGCCAAGUUUCGACAUCAUCAUUAGAUUGUGGCAGAGUGUUCCCGACAAUGCUCCAGGAAAAGGCCAGAGGCAACAAACACUGAAUGUUCUAAAUCCCCCAAGUCCAUCGGACAUGAGGGCCCUUUCCUCAAGAUUUAACGAUAUGACGACGGGGUUGGUCAGAAGUCCGACGCAGUCUGUGAGGUCACUGGAAAUAAGUCCGCCGACGUAUGAAGCAUCUUCAUCUAUGAUGGCUCCAGCAUUUUCCGUCUUGCCAGAGUCGGCACCGGCUCGAUUCGAUUUGUCUCCUCCGCGCGGCGUACGAAGCGCGAGUCCACGAUCUACUGGUUCCAGUUCACCUCACCCUUCUGGAGGCAUUGCCCGGCCCAGUUCCCUCCCAUCUUCGUCUUAUCGUGAUCCAAUGCCAACUUGGGACAUGGGAAAUUCGUCGUUUGGACAGGCUUACUCUCCGAAUCUGCCGGUGUACCCUGAAGAGGGCGAGCGCUUUGGUGGGCUCGGUACGUAUGCACCGUCGUCUGUGCCUCCCAUGGGUCUGGGCAGGAGCGACUCCAUAAUGACACGUCAACCGAACCGGCGUGGUUAUGCUCCUAGCCAAAAUGGCUCUACGUCAUGGGACAGACAGUCUAUUCGUAGCGACGAGGUUUCUGGUGCCAGCGUUACACAACCUGUCAACGCGGUUUUUUUGGUGGGUGCAUUGCAAUUGGAAGUCCAAUCUACUCGUAGUCGCGACAUGAUCGAUUCCUGUCUCGUCAAGGUGCAUUUCCUUGCCCAGUCCGAGAAAGGCGCAGAGAAACUAGUCACCGCGGGUAUCGUUCCAAUCUUGAUCUAUCUUCUCAAAAUACGAGCCGCCGACGGUGAGGGUUUGGAGAUAGUUCUGGCUAGUCUUGGUCUUGUCGCUCACGACUCAAUCAGUGCCAAUACGAUUUUCCGCACCAACACCGUCAGCACCUUGAUAGAGCUAGUCGUCUCAUCGCUCUCGGAAGAUGUUGUCACCCUCGCUAUAUGGUGUCUGCAUCGCAUGUGCCGUACUCCUGAAAUCUCAGCGGGGUUGAUCAAGCGAAACCUGGUCCGCAUGCUCAUCGAACGGGGUAUUCGGUUUUCUAUGCUCACCGCCCGGAUGUCAGCAUGGUGUCUUGGCAUUCUCGUUCACACUGAUGCCCAGGCGGACCAGCUCAAUGACCUUGGUGUCAUUCCGCAGAUUGUGGAGUAUCUGAGGCGCGCGUCUUCUGACCCUAAUGCCUCACCGAAUGAUGUAUCUGCGGCACUGUAUGCCAUCGCACGUAUAGCUCGGUCGAUCAAGCUUGGCAAAACACUUGCUAAAGCGGGCUGUGUGGGGUGGAUCUCGCAGCACCUCGCGUCAUCAACAGAGCCUUCGAUACUAUUGUGGGCUGCGCGUGCGGUGGGGUGCAUGAUGCGUCCCAAUAGCGCUGACAUUGCCAAAAUACUCUUGGAUGCUGGCAUCGCCAGCGGUCUUGCAAGAUUACCGAGCGUGCUCCCCUCGGAUGAAGUUGAACCCCUGGGAUCGUUCGCUUUUGCUGUACAGAGGUUUAGCUGCGCUGAAUGGGGUUCAGGGACGAGGAAGGUUUUGGUGGAAGCCGGAGUAGUGGAUUCGCUUUUGGCUGCCCUGAGGACGGUUGCGGAUGAGCCGAAGCCGCAGAUACACGUCGAGAUGGCGCUUGCUGUUAGCUUUUUGGGUGAUGUUGGGGGAGCUGCGAUAAGGAGGGAGAUUGUGAGUGCUGGUGGGAUCACUAUUUUAAAGAGGGUGGGUGCGAAUGGGAGUCCGGAGGUGGCGAAGGCGUGUGGGAUGGCGGUGACGAGUAUAACGGGGAAUUUGUGGACAAGGAACGCUGCUUCUGCGAAAACGGCCAUGACACACAACUGGAGUGGUGGAUGUCCUGAUUAUUAUGUGGACUGUCCGAUCGCUAUUACGAGUCUGGACAGUUCGUAACGCAUAUGAGUCCUUUAUGGUUUUGUUAUCAGUUUGAAAUCUUCAUCUUAUGCUCUAUUUUCCUCCAAUGUAUUAAAUUUGUAUGUUUGUGUACUGUAUCUUAUAGCACUCUGCGUCUUGGCUAUUAGCGGGGCUUCUUACAAUACUUACAAGAGAAAUUUCUCCUAUGGAAAUAUACUAUAUCUGUUCUAUUAGCUGCACCCUGUACCAUGUAAUU